AUGGAGGGGGCGGAGGCGGAAGCGCGGGAGGGGGCCUCAGUGGCCCGGGACCUGCUGGCCUUGGGGUAUGAGGGCUUCUCGGGGGCGCCGUCGCUGGGCCCCUCGUGUCCAGACUUCAGGGCGCUGUGCGCGCGGCUGGCGGCGGAGCUAGCGUCUCUGGGCGCCCUGGAGCGGGAGCGAGGAGAAAGCGCGGAGGCGCUGAGGGCCGGCGACGGCCCCGACACAGAGGAGGAAUUCCUGCGACAGUUGCCCGGCCUGCUGCAGGAGUUGCAUUGCCCGGACCGCGCGCUCUGCGGCGGAGAGGGCGCGGCGGCGCUGCGAGAUCCCGGCGCGUGCCUGCGUCUGCUGCGCUUUCUCUGCUCGGAGCUCCAGGCUGCCCGCCUCCUCUGUCUGUAUCGUCGGCUGGAUCCCAGCCCCGCACCGCCCUGUGGGGAGGGGGCAGAGGAGGGAGCUGGCAUGGUUCAGGAACUGGUCCUUACCCUCCGAGCUCUGGGGCUGCCCAGGCCGAAGCCUGGGACCGCCGCCAGCCGGCUGCUGUGGGAGUUACACGACAAGAUCUCUGAGCUGCUGCCUUCCCUGCCCCCAGGGUUCCUGCAGCCCCUCCUCAGCUUCCCCCUGGACGCACCCAGAUGGGAGGCACUGGAGUCUCUGUGCCAAAGGUUGGGAGACCAGUACUGCUGCCGCCGCUGCCUGCUCCUGAAACGCCUGGACCUCACAACAUCGUCUUUCCACUGGAGUGAUCGGGCAGAGGCCCAAGGAGAAGCCAUGAAGGCAGUGCUGAUCCCAAUUCGAGAGGCUCUGACCCCAGAAUCAGAUGUCUCCAUCGCACACGUCCUGGCUGCCCGAGCAGACCUGUCUCGUCUUGUCCCAGCCACCAGCAAGGCUGCCCGCCGAGGGACCUGCUGUGCCAUCAACAAGGUGCUUAUGGGCAACGUGCCAGACCGGGGGGGCCGUCCAAAUGAGCUGGAGGCUCCCAUGCCCAGCUGGCAGAGCAGAAGAGAGGACGGAGGUGGGCGAAAAGCAGGCCACCAGAACUGGGGUCGCAAGAAGAAGAAGAAAUAAAGGGGGACUGGUGUUUGGGUGGGGGGAUCCUUUGUGACAUGCCAUUGGUAAUCCUUGGGAGUCACUUUGAGUUUUUCUUGGCAUCUGACUCCCAGGCCCCACAUCUCCUGCUCCUAAGGUCCCACAUGUCCUCCCCACAUCCCCCACUCCACAACAAGGACUGUGUUCUCUGGAAAAUAAAUUUAAUUGAUGACA